UAUUCAUACCAUAGUAGAGUUAAUUAUUUGAACCACAGUCUAAAGAAAUUCAGCUUGCCAAAUGGUCAGGAGGUUUUUGUACGAGCAGUAAUUGGGAUUGUAUCACUGUGGUACACUUUUGGUAGCGGCACCAGACUAGAUGUUGGAAGUAAGUAACAAGCUCUUUUGAUAUUAAUUUCAGCUAAUUUUUUUGGUAUUUUACUUUCUUAAACUCUGUCUUACAUAUUUUACUUUCUAAAAAAUAUAGUUAUUUCUAAUACUUUUGACGAAGCCUUCUUUCAAAUAACAUUUUGUUUAACCAAAAUGUUAAAAUGUAGGUGUUUAUGUAUGUCUGGUUUGAUGGAUUGCAGAGUAUAAUUCUAGAAUGAUAACUACUUAAUAAUAUUGAAUAUAGUUGUUGCAUUGUGUAUUACAGUACUUGUGCGAUUGUUGAUCUUUAACUCUCAAAUAUUUUUGGUUAAAUUGGGCUUUUGAAUGAGCCUUCUUUCAAAUAGAUAUUUAUGGAAUCAAAAUGAUAAAUUGUAGGAUUAUUUGUAUGUCUGAUUUGUAUAUUUCCUAAUUCUGAUAUAACAACUAUUUAAUAGUAUAGUAUCAUCAUUGUUGAAUUGUGUUCAUGGUAGAUUUCACUGUUAGUGUGAAGACAAAGGGUCUCAGUUAUGUUUGUAACAGACUUCAUGAUCUAACAAGGCUGAUAUGUGAUGAAAAUACUAUGAAUAUGAGUAGGCUAUUCUGAUCAGAUCCAUUCCUAAACAGUAUCUAUAUGACAUUUAUAACUGACACCGUAUGACUAGUAACUCUAGUUAUUUAACAACUUUAUACUUGUUUGGUUCAUAAAUCUGCUUUGUAUCAUAUUACUUUAGUGUUUUCUCCACAUCUUUUAAACUAUCUAACUUCUACAUUCAUAUUUAGAGGUCACUUUAUUUUGAUGUGUCCUUUGCUGAAGAUAAUAUCUUACUGUAGCUGUACUUGAUGUAGUUACUUAGUUGAUGAGUUCUGUUUGUUCCAGGUAACAGAGCCCCCACCCUCACCGUCCUGGCCCCCUCUAGUGAGGAGCUGUCCAGUACAACAACAGUCACACUGACGUGUCUGGCCAACAAGGGCUUCCCCUCAGACUGGACCAUGAGCUGGAAAGUGGAUGGGACCAGCAAGAAGCAGGAGGCCAGUCCCGGGGUCCUGGAGAAGGACGGCCUGUACAGCUGGAGCAGCACCCUGACUCUCACUGCCCAGGAAUGGACCAAGGCAGGAGAGGUGACCUGUGAAGCCCAGCAGAAAUCCCAGACUCCAGUCACCAAGACCCUGAGGAGGGCUGACUGUUCUGGGUAGGACCCCUCAGUCACACAGCCCUGUGGAGAGAGGCUGCUGGUUCCUCUGCUUUCACUCUGUUCUGAGAUCAGAUGUUCUCUGUCUUAUUGAUCACUGACAUGUAGACUAACAGAGGGCUUUGCUUGAGUUAAUGUGUCAAUCCUCUCUGUAGACUGAGGUUGUAUCAGUGUUAGAUUUGAUGUGUUCUGUUUUUUAAAAAUUAUUAGAUACUGUAGGAAUGUUUGCUUUGAUGCUUUGAUUAAUAGAUGAAAAUAAACAUUUUCCUUUGGAACAAAUAUUUUCGUUGUCUCUUUCAAUAAUUAGACUUUAGUCAAAUGUUGAAUUAUAUAGAAAUAUAUUUGUAAAGCCUGAUUCACAGUUUCUUUGAAAAUGAUCAGACCUAAAUGUCAUAGUUUAGUUAUUCACUUGAAAACACAUUGUCAUCAAACUGUAGGUCAUAGUAACACAAUAUACUACAAUGUUAACAGAUUAACAGGAGAAGUCUAGAUACUACAAUGUUAACAGAUUAACAGGAGAGGUUUAGAUACUACAAUGUUAACAGAUUAACAGGAGAGGUCUAGAUACUACAAUGUUAACAGAUUAACAGUAGAGGUCUUUCUUGGAAAGGUUUUUGACCUGCUUGAUUUAUAGACUUAGUUGUCCACAUAAUAUUAGAAGUAUCACAGCUUCAAGAUAGUCAUAGAGUCUUCUCUACCUCCAACCCCCUGGGAACAGAGUGAACAUCUGGUGACAGUGCUGCUCUAUUCUGGGACAAGCAGAACCACCCAGCCCUGUCUACGGAAAUCUCAGUUUCACUCCCACAGCUACCAGUCUGGCAGUUGAACAGUUUCACUGCCUGAAAUACCCUGGACUGGGCCAUAUGUGAGGGAGUGACUGGUUUUAACCUCUAUGGUGGAUUCAGGAUGGGACACAUAACAUAUAUGCCAUCAACAAUUUAUCUGAAUUACUAUCUAGGUAUGGUAAAUCUGAAUUACUAAUUUUGGGUGAUUUUAAUAUUGAUUGGAGGAUGCCAGUGUCAGAUAUUUGCUCUGAGCUAAACCUGUCUCAGCUGAUAAAUUACCCUACACGGCACAAUCCUAAAGAUAAAAAAAAAUGUACCCUGAUUAAUCUAAUCUUGACGAAUUCUCCAAAAAAAAUGGUGCUAACGGAGUGUUCCCACUGGAUUUUAGUGAGCAUUGCUCAAUUGUCUGAGUCAGAGAUGUGAGAAUACAUAAAUCUCAGUCUCGUGUCUCACUAAGAGGAACUUUAAAAACUUCAGUGAACAAGCUUUUUUACAUGAUCUUUAUUGUAGUGACUUUGAUUUUAUCUCAGCUAUCCCUGAACCUGAUUUAGCUUUAAGCUUUUUUGUAAAUGUCCUCAAUAUGUAGAUAAUCAUGCCCCCUUCCAAACUCUGAGAGUUAAAGGUACAUCAAAUGCCUGGUUCACUCCUGAAUUAUCCGAAGUCAUUUGUAAUACGAAAUGUUGCCUGGGUCAAGUCCAGGAACACAGGCUUAGGCCCGGAUUGGCACUAUUUUAGGCAACUGAGAAAUCAAUGAGUAAGACUAAUCAGAAAGGCUAUAUCUGAUUAUUAUGUAACCACUCUUUCUGAUUGUAAGGGGAAUCUAGUUAAAUUUGGGAAAACUGUCAAGUCUCUGAAGGGUUGCACUUCCUCCUCUCUGCCCCAACAAAUCUAUUUAGAUUCUGGCCCCAUUACGAACACAAAUGCCAUCAUUGAUGCAUUUAAUCAUCACAAACACUGAUUUGGGAAUUUUGAAGAUUGACUUGGAAAAUGGUAGUGAAGUUUUUGUAUUUCGGCAAUUCACAGAAAAAUAAGUCCUUUGUGCCUUACUUGCUAUAGAUACCAAGAAAUCCUCAGGGGCUGACCAAUUGGAACCGGGUCUGCUCAAGGCCUUGCCUUUGGCCUCGUAGUACGUAACUUUGAAAGUAAACCUAAAAGGUCAAAUUGACCCCGCCCUUCUACUGUGAUGGCCAAUCAAUCGUUUUUUUUCAACCUGUAAAAUGUGUAUUACGUAGGUAUGAUGCGAGCAAGGGAGUUGCAUGAAUGAAGCAUACACAAUAAAUGGGCAUGAGGGGGCACAAUAUUCCAACUUAGGGGGCAUUGACCCCUUUUGCACCCUCGUGGCGCAGGGCCUGGUUUCAGCGCUGUUUUCAAAUCCAUGGACAGCGUCCCUAGAGGAUCUGGAACUGUCAACCAGCGCUUGGGUAGUUUUGCUUUUUACAUGGCAGUCAAUACGAAUAGAACUAACGACCAGAGAACGCCUAAAACGUCACUUGACAACCAGUGUUAGUGGAUGUAGCAUCACGUUUUGUAGAAAAAAAUUAUGGUUUGGGAAAUAAUCUAGAUUUUGAAUGCCUGUAAUACGUUGUAUAAAAGCAAUAAUAUCCUCGAGGCCAUGUGUUAUGUCACAAGCCAUGUUCUUCGCCUCGUGGGUAUGACGAUAUCACAGCCAUGAUAAAAGAUGUCAUAACACAUGGCCUCAUGCAUUAUUGCUGUGCUUCAAACUCUGCAUGUGGACGUUUGACUGGUAAUAGCUCCCAUUUGACCUAUGUACCGCCAUUGUCAACCAGACAAAUGACAAAUAUCGUCCACGCUCACAUGACUCUAUCUUGUUGACUGUACCUAAGGCUCUUACAGAGCUGUGUUUGAAAAAAAAAGUUGUUCCAGUUCUCUGGCCUUUCCAGGAGGUCCUCUCUUUGAAUGAGUAGUUGAGUAAAAUCUAUGGUGGACAAUGAAGUGCGGGGCUGUCAAUGUGUUGACCCCCAGAUGUACUACCCCUCCGUAAAGAAUUCUUGCCUUCUCAAUGUGUACAUUUCGGUUGUUAAACUGUAGUGCUUUGUGUUUUAUGUUGUAAUUGUGUGUAAAGCUUUGCGUGCUGCUAUUUUGGCCAGGUCUCUCUUGAAAAUUAGAUGUUUAAUCUCAAUGAGACUAACCUGGGAAAAUAAAGGUAAAAUUAAAUGAAAUACAAAAAUUAAACAUGUGUUCCAAACAUCUAACUUUAUAAGUGAACUUUCAGGUCAUGAUAUAACUAGUCACAACCUUGAUAAUGAUGAUGAUGAUGAUGAUGAUGAUGGGGGACAUGUCAUCUGAAUGAUGCUUUCUAAACAUAUUCAAAGUUGACUUCACUAAUCAGUGUUCCAUGUCUAGUUACCACUGUGUUCACUCUGACAGUAAUAAUCUCCUUCAUCUUCAGGCUGGACUCCACUGAUGGUCAGAGUGAAGUCACUCCCAGAUCCACUGCCACUGAAUCUAGAUGGAGUCCCAGACUGAAGUGCUGUAGCAUAGUAAAUAAGGAGUGUAGGAGCUCCUCCAGGUUUCUGUUGGUACCAGGCUAGACAGGGGUAAUAGCCUAGAUAGUCAUACACAUCACUGCUGGUUUUACAGUUCAGAGAGACUGUCUUUACUAGGAGAACAGCUUCCACUGUAGGAGUCUGAGUCACAGUGACCUGUGCUCUGGAUUCUGGAACAGAGAAAAGUAAGAUUUCAGAGAACAUUUGGUCAUGUUGUCUAAAUCUCUAGAGUCUCAUUUUCUCAAUUUGAGACAAAAUUAAGAUGAAACAUUUCAAUAAGAAACGUAUUUUAGACCAACAGAUUGUAAAUCGGACUUUGAAGUAAAGACAUCAAUAUCCACACAAAGCUCAUGAUAAAAGUCAUCAUUGAAGUUCUGUUGUCAUGAAGGACAGCUCUCAGUCAUGAAGUGUUCAACUCACAGACCACUGACGCAUGUGCUGAAAAUGCAAAGUUUCCUAUGAAAAUAUUAUUCCUGGUUAGGACCCACAUUCAACUGUUAACUAUGAAUAAGAUUAUACAGAUGAUUUUAUCAUGUUUUAAAUAACUUCUACUGUAAAUCAGUAAAUCAAGAUGAAAAUGUAAUGAUCUGCGUUCUUCAGUGGAUUAUACUCAUAACCCAGGACUAUGAGUCCCUAUUAUAUUAUACUAGUACUUCAGUACUAUCAGUCCCUAUUGUUUGAUACUAGUACUUCAGUACUAUCAGUCCCUCUUGUAUUAUACUAGUACUUCAAUACUAUCAGUCCCUAUUGUAUUAUACUAGUACUUCAGUACUACCAGUCCCUAUUGUAUUAUACUAGUACUUCAGGACUAUCAGUCCCUAUUGUAUUAUACUAGUACUUCACUACUAUCAGUCCCUAUUGUAUUAUACUAGUACUUCAGUACUAUCAGUCCCUAUUGUAUUUUACUAGUACUACAGUACUAUCAGUCCCUAUUGUAUUAUAAUAGUACUUCAGUACUAUCAGUCCCAAUUGUAUUAUACUAGUACUUCAGUACUAUCAGUCCCUAUUGUAUUAUACUAGUACUUCAGUACUAUCAGUCCCUAUUGUAUUAUACUAGUACUUCACUACUAUCAGUCCCUAUUGUGUUAUACUAGUACUUCAGUACUAUCAGUCCCUAUUGUAUUAUACUAGUACAUCACUACUAUGAGUCCCUAUUGUAUUAUACUAGUACUUCAGUACUAUCAGUCCCUAUUGUAUUAUACUCGUACUUCACUACUAUCAGGGUGGUACUGAGAGUGCACUGUGUGUGGAGGUUCUCACUCUUGUGUGAAGGAGGUUUUUGUAUGGAGACUUCACCAGAAUGAAUCACUGUGGUGGACUUUUGGAAGCGGCACAAAAAUUGUCAAUUUUUAUUUUUCUUCUCUGAUAAAACAAAAUGUAAUCAUGCUAUUGAAAGACGUUAUGAGAUGUUAUCAUCUUCUCCAGAGGAAAGACUUUUAGGCUAUACCUUUUCAGAGAUUUCUGUGGACAGAUUGGUAAAUGGGUAGAGGGCAGAGUCACCAAAGUGAGAGAAUUGUUCACAUACCAUCAUGUUUAUUUAGUAAUAAAACAAUAAGUAUUCUAACAUGUGAUUUAAAAAGAGCACAUUUUGAUAUACAGUGUUUCAUGUCAGCUCAUUGUUCUGUUGAGAUGUAGCAACUAUUAUUUCUAUAAUAUAAACAACACUUAGUAUUGUAUUCAUAGUAGAUGUUAACACUGACAUGGUUUAAAGGGGAACCUCAUCUAUAGUUUUGAAUAGUAUUUUGAGGUCAUUUUGGGCUUGUAUCUCAGAGUAGAUUUGACAUAAAUUUAUAUGGAUAUUUCCUGUCAGAUUUUAAAUUGAGAAUAUUAAAUGAUACUGUAUCCAGACUAUAUAUGGUAUGUGUUUACUGUAUGUCUUUCUAGAUUUAGGGGUGGUUUCCCAGACACAGAAUAAGCCUGGUCUUGGAGUAAAAAGCAAGCUCAACGUAGAAUCUCCAUGAAAAGUGCUUUUUAGUCUAGGACUAGGCUUAACCUGUGUCCGGGAAACCCCCGGUGUCUUGUUGCUCUUUGAAGGCUAAACUGUAGAGCAUGAAUGUACCUUACAUGUUUUGUCAAAAAAUGUGUCCAGACUUUUUUCGUUUGCCUAUAUCUUCAUAGAUUAAGUGUUUGGUUGUUCUCGGUUGUUCUUGAUUGUUCUUUGUACUGUAGCUAGUUGUUUAUACUGUUUACUGUCGAUCUGAAAUGGUUUUGUUCACUGAUAACACAGUGGCUGUGUCCGAAUACCCAUAUUAGCCUACUAUAUACUUAAACUGCAUACUCAUUUUGGUGUUUAAUCAAGAAGAAUUCACUUGUCUUUUCUGACUCACGUGUUUGGCAACAGCUGAUAAUCAGAUACAUUGCCACUCUCUACAAAAAUGAACGAAUGGCUGGAGUCAAUGCAAUCGCGCAUUAGCGGACGCAUUCGGAGGACUCUGUUCAAAAUUUCACAUACUAGAAAACACUAUUUUUUCGCAUACUAUUUAGUACGGUAGUAUGGGUUUUCAGACACGGCCAGGGUCUUUUCUCCCCCCUCCUCUGGGCAGUUAUUCUCCCUUCUCCUCUCUUAAUGUUAUAGAGUAGUAGUAGUACUAGUAGUAGUAGUAGUAGUAGUAGUAGUAGUAGUAGUAGUACUAGUAGUAGUAGUCGCUGUAGUAGUAGUAGUAGUAGUAGUAGUAGUAGUAGUAGUAGUAGUAGUAGUAGUAGUAGUAGCAGUAGCAGUAGUAGUAGUAGCAGUAGUAGUAUUAGUUGCUGACCCUCUCCUCUUCUCUCCUCUCCUCUCCUCUCCUCUCCUCUCCUCUCCUCUCCUCUCCUCUCCUCUCCUCUCCUCUCCUCUCCUCUCCUCUCCUCUCCUCUCCUCUCCUCUCCUCUCCUCUCCUCUCCUCUCCUCUCCUCUCCUCUCCUCUCCUCUCCUCUUCUCUCCUAAUAUAUUCCAUUAUAGAGUGCUAGUAGCUGACCCUCCUCUCUUCUCUCCUCCAGCUGGUCCCUCUGUCAGGCCCACAGUGUCUCUGCUCCCCCUGUCCUCUGAGCAGCACUGGGGGCGAUGGUGAGCUGGUAGGUGAACGGGGAGGAGGUGACGGAGGGGGUCCUGACCACCACAGAAGAAGAGAAGGGCGGCCUCUACAGCCACAGCAGCACCCUAACCCUGAGCAAGGCACUCUGGGUAGAGGGAGAGGUGUACACCUGCAGGGUCACCCACGACGACACCAGUGAUUCAGCCGCCUUCCGGAGAAGUCACUGUAGUGUCUAGAAGCCAUUGUAGGGGGCUAGAGAGUCCCCACAUGGUGUUAAUGAAGGAAACAUUUGUGUUUUAGGGCUGAAUGUUAAAGUAUAAUAGUGAAUAAUAUCAGUAAUACUGAGUGCUAAAUUAACUAUUUUGAGAUUAAGUUGUGCAUGUCAUCUUGCCUCUGAGUUCAAAUAAAGCUUGUUUUGAUUUAAAUAUAACCCCAAGAGUUGAUUUAAUCAUGAUUCCAGUGAUCACUAUCUCAUGAAUAGGUAGCACAUUUCAUACUAAUUUAGAUUAAUCAGCUUCUUUCAUAAUUUAGCAUUGUAGCAGAUAGCUACUCUCAUGUCUUCAAACAGAAUUAAAAGUGCAUCUGAUACAACAAAUACUCUGCAAUCCUUUCUACAACUGAAUUAUCCUGUUAUACUGUAGUACCAAUAACAGUGAUAAUAAUUAGUGAUAUUUGAUAAUAAACCUCUAAGAUCUGCUCUCAGAAUUCACACCUCUAAAUAGUUACUUUCCAUAAAAUAUGUACAUUUAUGGUGUUUAAUUCCUAAUAUGAUUUUAUUAAAUUAGAUGUUUUAGCAAUGGUUUUCAACAAUGUGUAGUCUAAACUUCUCCAUUAUAUUUCCCCAGAUCUUCUCUACCUCCAACCCCCUGGGAACAGAGUGAACAUCUGGUGACAGUGCUGCUCUAUUCUGGGACCAGCAGAACCACCCAGCCCUGUCUACGGAAAUCUCAGUUUCACUCCCACAGCUACCAGUCUAGUAGUUGAACAGUUUCACUGCCUGAAACACCCUGGACUGGGCCAGAUGUGAGGGAGUGACUGGUUUUAACCUCUAUGGUGGAUUCAGGGAGGGAGACAUAACAGAUGUGGCAUAAUGUAAUUAAUGACAGAUAAAAUGAGUAUUAUACUUUAUGUAGAUAGUGUAUAUAGUGUAGAUAGUGUAUGUAAAUAGUGUAGAUAGUGUAGUGUAGAUAGUGAAGUGUAGAUAGUGUAUGUAGAUAGUGUAUGUAAAUAGUGUAGAUAGUGUAGAUAGUGUAUGUAAAUAGUGUAGAUAGUAUAGAUAGUGUAUGUAAAUAGUGUACAUGUGUCUCAUGGUUGAGUCCAGCAUCAGGUCUCAUUCACAGGUCUAGCAGUCAGUAACCUACUCGGGAAAAAAGUUAAUAUUUUGCUGUAUAUGAAUACAUCCAUUAAAAUCAGACAUUUGAUUGUGAGGUCAAUUUGGGAACUUGUUUUGGGGGGUCUGAAGUGAUUGUAACGUUUAAGUAAUGUAAAGGUCAUAACACCUUUUGUUUGGCUUCUCAUGUGGACUGGUAAUAGCUCCCAUUUCACCUGUGAACCUACAUUGUCCAGCAGACAAAUGACAAAUGUCAACUAUCGUCUACACAUGACUGUAUCUUGUUGACUGUGUCUAAGUCCUGUACAGAGCUGGGUAAAAAAAGUAGCUUCAAAGGGACAUGAAAUUGUAGGAGCUCGUCUCUUUGAUUGACUAGCUAGGGUAAAAACUAUGGUGGACAAUUAAGUGGGGGGCUGUCAAUGUUUUGACCCCUAAAUGCACCACAUCUCUCCCAAGAAUUGUUGCCUUCUCAAUGUGUAAAUGUAUGGUUUUAAACUGUAGUGCUUUGUGUUUUAUGUUGUAAAUCGUGUGUAAAGCUUUGUGUGCUGCUAUUUUGUCCAGGCCUCUCUUAUAAAAUAGAUGUUUAAUCUCAAUGAGACUAACAUGGGAAAAUAAAGGUAAAAUAAAGAUAAAAUAAAUACAUCAAUAUUUUGUUUCAGAAUAUCUAACUUUUUUAAGUGAACUUUCAGGUCAUGACAAAUAUAAUGAGUUACAACCAUGAUAACGAUGAUGAUGAUGAUGAUGAUGAUGAUGAUGAUGAUGAUGAUGAUGGGGAACAUGAUGAUGCUUUCUAAAUAUAUUCAACAUGUCACUGUCUUUUCCCCUUUCCCCCUCAGCACCUGCAGUAGGUCCCAGCUGUAGCAGUACAGUCACUGUGCAGUCUGACUGAGGGAGGUUUUUGUACGGCUCUGUAUCACUGUGUGAACACUUCUUUACUAUUUAUGACGUGUACACUCUGACAGUAGUAAUCUCCUGCAUCUUCAGCCUGGACUCCACUGAUGGUCAGAGUGAAGUCACUCCCAGAUCCACUGCCACUGAAUCUAGAUGGAGUCCCAGACUGAAUUGUUGUAGCAUAGUAAAUAAGGAGUUUAGGAGCUCCUCCAGGUUUCUGGUGAUACCAGGCUAGAUAGUUAUUAUAAUACACAUUACUGCUGGUUUUAAUGUUCAGAGAGACUGUCUGUCCUUGGAGAACAGCUUUCACUGCAGGAGUCUGAGUCACAGUGACCUGUCCUCUGGAUUCUGAAACAGAGAAAACUAAUAUCAAAAUGCAUUAAUAACACAUUCUUAACAACCUUUCAGUUCACUCAAAUUAUUUACUUUUCAUUAUACAAACAUGAAACUUAGUUUUCUUCACCCUUGAAGCAGAGGGCAAGUGUCCAGAUGAAGAUGGUGAUAAAAGUCAUGGUUGUUGUGGGUUCUGUUGUCAUGAAGGACAGCUCUCAGUCAUGAAGUGUUCAACUCACAGGGCUAUAAACACUCCCAAACCACUGAAGCAUGUGCUGUCUUUGAAGAGCAUCAUCACUAUGCAAAUAGUAUUUUGGUCUUCUCCCCAUCCACCAUUAUUCAGUAAACAUAGACCACUAAGUAUCCAUCAGAUUAGAACUGAGAGUCCAUUACAAUCUGAUGAUCUUACUCCCACAACUGUAACCUAAUAAUCAUAAUCCAUGAUAAUAUGUAAAUAAAUUAAGAAAAUAAAAAGCGAAUAAAUAGAAUGACUAUUAUUGUUUUAAAGGCUAUGACAUAUGAUUGCUAUCAAUGUCGUUUAGCAAGACAAAACCAUAAUGAAUGCUGGAGAAAAUGUUUGUAAAUGUCAUAUACGUAUCAUGUAACUAACGAACAUAUAGAAAUGUGUCUGUUGAUUGGUGUUAUGCUAAUAUGGGAUGGUAACAUAUUGAUACCUAUGGAAAAGAGGAAUACUAGUCAGUUUCCACCUCCCAGUGAUCAUUGUUAAUGUGUCGCCCCCUGCAGGGAGAGUAAUGUUAGUGCAGUGAGCUGUGUGGACUGAAUACUGGACUACUGGACUACUGGACUAUUGGACUGACACUGAGAGAAGAGGGGAUCCACUGUGCAGGACUGCUACUCUGUUCCUGACUGAGUUCAGCUCCCUCCCUCCUCUCCUGUGUCUCUGAUCAGACACACUGGGACUCUGUAGACCAGCAUUACAAUACAUGAAACCCAGCAUCUCCUCUGCAUCUUAAGAUUUCAUUUGAUUAUUUUAUCCUUUAUUUAACCUGAGAAGUCACAUUGAGAUAAAACAUAUUUCAAGUGAGCUCUGGCCAAGAGAGCAGCAUCCAUACAGUAUACACAUGAGACACAACACCAGGGAAAGUAACUGAACUGAAUGACUACUGACCCGUAGCACUCACUUCUGUCAUCAUGAAGUGCUUUGAGAGGCUAGUUAAGACCACAUCAUCUCCUCACUCCCUUGCACACUCAACCCCCUCCAAAUCGACUACCGCCCUGACAGAUCCACGGACGACGCAAUCACUAUUGUAUUGUACACUGCCCUCAUCCACCUGGACAAGAGGAAUGUGAGAAUUCUGUUAAUCGACUACAGCUUGGCCUUCAAUUCCAUAAUUCUCUAUAAGAUCACCACAAACCUCACGGCCCUGGGUCUGAACUCCUCCCUAUGCAACUGUGUCCUGGAUUACCUGACGGGCUGCCCCCAGGUGGUGAAGGUAGGCAACACUUCCUUCUCGACACUGAUUCUCAACACGGGAGCCCCACAAGGGUGCGUACUCAGUCCCCUCCUGUACUCCCUGUAUACCCACGACUGCGUGGCCUCACACAGUUCCAACUCCAUCAUCAAGUUCACUGAUGACACAACAGUAGUAGGCCUGAUUACCAACAAUGACGAGAUAGCCUACAGGGAGAAGGUAGGUAGUCUGAUGGUGUGGUGCCAGGUUAACAACCUCUACCUCAGGAAAACAAAGGAGCUGAUUCUGGACUUCAGGAGGAAUCAGGCUGGGCACGCCUCCAUCCUCAUCAACGAAGCCUCAGGUUCCUCGGCGUACACAUCUCCGAGGAGCAGAAAUGGUCAAAACACAGGACUCUGUGGUGAAGAAGGCACGACAGCGUCUCUUUAACCUCAGGACGCUGAAGAAAUUCGGCCUGUCCCCGAGGGACAUCACAGUGUUCUAUAGGAGCACCAUCGAGAGCAUACUGUCAUGCUGCAUCAUAGCCUGGUACGGCAACUCCGCCGCCACUGACUGCAAGGCACUACAGAGGGUGGUACGCUCAGCCGAACACACCAUUGGGUGCACAUAGGGCUGUGGUGGUCAUGAAAUUUUGUCAGCCUGUGAUUGUCAAGUAAAUAACUGCCGGUCUCAUGGUAAUUGACCGUUAAUUAACAUAAACACGUUUAGCAUCUCCUGGCCUCCACGCUUAGCCUACAAGUCACUGAUGCAGACCUUUGGAACAUCUAAAUUUUAAAAAGUGAAAUAAAUCCAUGUAAUAUAGCCUACACCUUCACGAUAAAUCCAUUAUUUAUUUUAGACAGGUCUAAAGAAACAUGAUAUGAGGAAAAUAUAGUCUAUUUCAGAAGAACAGAAAAGCAUACUCUGAGUUGUCCUGAUCUGGCUAUGCCAUAUGGCUGUGGGCUACACUAGUUAAUUUAGCUGAAAAGAUUUGCUUAGAAUUCCAUGGCAUUAUUUUACAUGAUUUUAUAGUAUGAAGAAUACAAAUGAAUAUAGCUGAAUAAAAUAGAAAGGAUAUUUUCUCCAAACGAUUUGAGGGAGUGCGCACAUGCGGCUUAUUCUGUGUUGAGCGGUUAACAAAGAAACAGGUACUCCUAUAUGCUUAAUUUAGAGUUAUUUAAUUAACUUUAGUUGUGAUACAAACGUAGGGCUAUAUGUUCUGAUUUUUAAUACAUUCUAAGGCUGCAUGACUCUAAUGAUGAUUUGAAAAUAGUUGCAUGAAAGGCAUGAGCUCUGCUUUGUUUUUGUGCAGACUGUACACACUUCAUCAGUCUCUAAUUCACAAUCUGACAAGCACUUGAUAAUGCCUAGAAUUUCCUGGCGGCAUCCCCUUUGUGUGGCCGUAAUAUCCCCUUCAAAAAUCCACGCCUUUUGCGGCCAGUGGCCGGCUCUCAGUCAUGAAGUGUUAAACUCACAGGGAUAUAAACACUCCCAGACCACUGAAGCAUGUGCUGCCAAUGCAAAGUUUCCUAUGUAAAUAUUCUUCCUGGUAAGGACCCACAUUCAACUGUUAACUAUGAUUCAGAUUAUACAGAUGAUUUGAUCAUGUUUAUGUUAAUCAGUAAUUCAAGAUGAACAUUUAAUGAUCUGCGUUCAACAGUGGAUUAUACUCAUAACCCAGGACUAUGAGUCCAUAUUGUAUUAUACUAGUAUUUCAGUAAUAUCAGUCCCUAUUGUAUUAUACUAGUACUUCAGUACUAUCAGUCCCUAUUGUAUUAUACUAGUACUUCAGUACUAUCAGUCCCUAUUGUAUUAUACUUGUACAUCAGGACUGUCAGUCCCUAUUGUAUUAUACUAGUACUUCAGUACUAUCAGUCCCUAUUGUAAUAUACUAGUACUUCAGUACUAUCUGUCCCUAUUGUAUUAUUAUUGUACUUCAGUACUAUCAGUCUCUAUUGUAUUAUACUAGUACUUCAGUACUAUCAGUCCCUAUUGUACUGUUAACCAUGAUGUCCUUCUGGAAACUGGAGAGGUGGGUUGGCCUCUCCGGUCCAGUUCUAAAUUGGUUUAGGACCUUUUUAACGGGUUGAGAGUUAUUUUACAUAUCACAUGUUCGAUUUUGGGUCCGGUACUGUUCAGUUUUUAUAUGUUACCCCUUGGCAGCGUUAUCAGAAAGCACAGCAUUGAUUUUCACUGCUACGCAGACGAUACACAACUUUACAUUUCUGUGUCACCAGAGGAUUUUAGCUCCACGGAUAAAUGAUUAGACUGCAUUAGUGAUUUACAUAUUUGGAUGGCUCUCUCUUCCUCCAUUUAAAUCAAGACAAGACCGAGAUAGUUAUUGUUGGAGCCAAAGCACAGAAAGAGAAUCUGGUCGAACUUUUUAAUUCACGGGCAAUAAAGAUUAAACACCAGUUAAAAAAACCUAGUUGUUAUUUUAGAUUCUGAACUAAAUUUCUAAUCACACAUUAGGAAUGUGACCAAAAUAGCUUUUUACCACCUGAGGAACAUUGCCAAGGUGAGGCCAUUUCUCUCUCAGGCUGAUACAGAGAGACUCAUCCAUACUUUUAUUACAAGCAGGCUUGUCUACUGUAAUGCUCUCCUGUCUGGUCUAUCCAAGAAAGCCAUUGGUCAACUGCAAAACAUACAGAAUAAUGCAGCACUGGUACUGUCCAAGACCAGACGGAGAGCACACAUUACACCAGUUUUAAGGUCUUUGCACUGGCUGCCUGUGAGUUUUAGGAUUAAUUUUAAGAUUGGUUUACAAAUCAAUCCACGAUUGUGCACCCCAACACAUGUCAGACAUGCUUUUAAGUUAUGUACCCAGUAGGUCCCUCAGGUCCUCUGGCACUGGCCUUUAACUAUCCCAAAGCCUAGGACCAAGAGGCAUGGAGAGGCAGCCUUUAGUUAUUAUGCCCCCAGCCGAAACUGCGGACAUAUUUAAAAGAGAUCUUAAAACACAUAUUUUUUACUUUGCUUUUCCUUUUGGUGCUUUUUUAUUGUUCAGUUUGUUAUUCUUUUAUUUUUUAUCUUAUGUUUGUUGUCUAGAAAAUAUUUCAGCUUUUAUUUUCAUAGAUUUUUAUUAGUUUUUUCCUGUAAAGCAAAUUGCAUUGCAUUUCAUGUCUGAAAUGUGCUAUAUAAAUAAAGCUUGAUUUGAUUUGAUUAUACUAGUACUUCAGUACUAUCAGUCCCUAUUGUAUUAUACUAGUACUCCAGUUCUAUCAGUCCCUAUUGUAUUAUACUAGUACUUCAGUACUAUCAGUCCCUAUUGUAUUAUACUAGUACUCCAGUACUAUCAGUGCCUAUUGUAUUAUACUAGUACAUCAGUACUAUCAGUCACUAUUGUGUUAUACUAGUACUUCAGUACUAUCAGACCCUAUUGUAUUAUACUAGUACUUCAGUACUAUCAGUCCCUAUUGUAUUAUACUAGUACAUCAUUACUAUGAGUCCCUAUUGUAUUAUACUAGUACUUCAGUACUAUCAGUCCCUAUUGUAUUAUACUCGUACUUCAGUACUAUUCGGGUGGUACUGAGAGUGCACUGUGUGUGAAGGUUCUCACUCUUGUGUGAAGGAAGUUUUUGAAUGGAGACUUCACCAGAAUGAAUCACUGUGGUGGACUUUUGGAAGCGGCACAAAACUGGUGCUUAAA